AUGGUCGCAAUCACAGGCAGGGACAGGCAGGCUGUUGCUGUAUCUGAGACUACCGCCCUCCUAGGGUCCAGCAAGAUCAACUAUGCUGACGUGCCCGCACCAGGCACCCUGUACAGUUCGUCAGGGUCGGGAGAUGACAAUAACGACAAGGAAAAACCCUUGCCUAAGUUCCAGAUCCUGCUGCUCUGCUAUGCGCGUGCAGUUGAACCCCUAGCCUUCUUCUCUAUCUUCCCUUAUGUCAGCCAAAUGGUGAAGGACAACGGGAACGUGCCAGACUCGGACAUCGGCUUCUACAGCGGACUAAUCGAGUCGAUGUUCUCCCUAACGCAGGCUGCUGUCAUGAUAUUCUGGGGCCAAGCAGCCGACAGAUUCGGCCGCAAACCCGUCCUGGUUUUGUCUUUGUUCGGCGUGGCCGUGGCGACGGGCCUCUUUGGCCUUGCAAAGACCAUACCACAGAUGAUCGCCUUCAGGUGUCUUGCUGGCGUCUUCGCUGGGACUAUCGUCACCAUCCGCACGAUGGUGUCCGAACACAGCACACCCAGUACCCAGGCCCGGGCGUUCAGCUGGUUCGCCUUCAGCGGGAACUUGGGCCUUUUCCUGGGGCCUUUAUUGGGCGGUGCACUUGCUGACCCAGUACGACAGUACCCUGGUAUUUUCGGGGCUGGGGGCUUCUUUGAGAAAUAUCCCUACGCGCUCUCGAGCUUCGUGGUAGCUUUGAUCGGAGGCACCGCUGCUAUGUCCAGCGCCUGCUUUAUUAAAGAGACGUUGAAGGAGCCGGCUGUGGUGGAUCGGGAGGCGGCAUCCAAUGCGCCGAUUCAGAGCGGUGACCUAUCGACAAAGCAGCUUCUCAAAUCGCCAGGGGUUGGUAUGGUUCUAUACACGUACGGGUACCUCAUGGUCCUCGCCUUCGCUUACACCGCCAUCAUUCCUGUCUUUUGGUUCACCCCCGUAGAUCUCGGAGGGUAUGCCUUUACGCCUCUGCAAAUUUCGUUGAUGAUGGGUCUGAAUGGUGCCGCACAAGCUGCGUGGCUUCUCCUGGUAUUCCCCCCGUUGCAGAAGAGGAUAGGGUCGAAUGGAGUGAUACGUCUCUGCGCUUCUCUCUAUCCGUUCUUCUUCUUAUCCUGCCCUCUUGGCAACGUACUUCUGCGGAUGGGCACAGAAGCAUCCGUCAAGGCCUUUUGGAUUAUCUUGCCGUUCACGCUGGUGGUCGGCUGCGGAGUUAGCAUGAGCUUCACGGCGAUCCAGCUCCUCCUGAACGAUGUCUCACCGUCGCCACAGGUACUGGGAACACUGAAUGCGCUGGCCAUGACUGGUAUUUGCGGGCUGAGAGCCUUCAACCCGGCUCUGUUCACCACCCUUUUCGCUCUGGGAGCGAGGACACAGCUGGCUGGGGGUCAUGCCAUCUGGAUACUCAUGUUCCUACUUGCUUCGGGCUUAUCGAUUACCACAAAAUAUCUCCCAGAGUCCAAUACCGCCGUUAAGCGCCAGAACAGCCAAGCGAGGUGA